AUGACUUCUGACUCCGAAAGACCCGAGUCUCCAUCCUUUGAAGGUGGCUCCAGUAAUGACGAAUGCACUCGUCCUAACGACAUAGCUGGUCGACACUACAGAUCCACCAGUACCCUUCCAUCCUUAGAGCGAUUAAAAGGGCUUUGCCAGAUUCCCCCUGGAAUCAUAGCGGAAGCGCAGAUAGCCGACCCUACGGAAUCCCCGGAAAAUCAUUGCGACGGCUACUUUUGCGUUUAUGAAAUCUAUUUCAAGGGCUGCGGAUUGACCUUCCCUCUUCCUGAAGCCCUGGUUCGAUACUUGGCGGCUCUUGGGAUCGCUUUACCUCAGCUAACCCCCAAUCUUCUCCGAACCAUCCUCGGGAUCAUAACCGUUGCGGCGGAAGCAGACUAUAUUAUUGGGGUCCCCGAGCUGAACGAGCUUUUGAGCGUGAGAAGUUCGUCAAAGAAGACAGGUACUUCUCGGCGUACCCGAAUGCCAACAGGAACAUCAUCUCGCACCUCCCGAACAAGGAUAAAAAUUGGCACCAUCCUUGGGGAAACCCUUUGGAAUUCUUUCACCCUCGAUCGGUUCGUUGAAGCCAAUCGAAAACUCAGGAUGAGUCCCCCCAAUCAACUUCAUCGUCUUCCGCUUCCUCCCUCAACUCAGGGAAUGUCAGCUCGGGCCUUUACUGCCCAGCGUAAGAAACUCUCCAAGCAGAUAGUAGAGGCUUGCGACGAAAACAAGGCGUUCCUUGCGACCGCCAUCGACAAAAAAGACUACAGCAGGACCCUGCUGGUUGAUGACAACAGCACCGUGGGAGCCAGAUCCGUCGCUGCUUUCAGAUUAACUCCUCGUCGCGAACGUCGUGACGAUCGUUCUCCUCGUCGCGAACGUCGUGACGAUUGUUCUCCUCGGAGGGACAGAUCUCCUCGUCGUGAUUCUCCUCGUCCUCCCCGAGAUGAUUUUAGCAAUGAACCACUUAAGAACUUGGUUCGCAGGAAGAGAGACAAGUCAUCUCGCAGUGAUUCCUCUCCGCGAAGGGAGAAAUCAAGAGCCCGGACUGACCGUUCACCACGAUCAUCCUCUCCCACUGAACCAAUGGGUCCUCCUCGACCUGUUGAUAUGUCUUCCUCUUCCCAGCCCGAAAGCGAGAAGACUUCCCGGAGUGCAUCUCCUAAAAAGGGAGAUUCCGAGUCUCGAGAUGCUUCUUCGAAGUUAAAGCCUGUUCUUGUCCCUCAAAUCAAAUCACUUUCAGCUAUGGAGAAAGAAGGCAGUGUUUUCCGAUGCUUCAAGACCCGAUCGGGCGCGGUCUUGCCAGACUUUGACAAGUGGCGUCCUGCGAUUCGUGAACGCUAUUUUCUUUACGCUCAUCAUUCAUCUCGGGCUAACGGUGAGCUUAAUGACAUGAUUGAACAUUAUGAGGGGCUGCACGAUCUGGAGGACAAGGUCGACAAUCUAACAUCCGAGCUGGCGAAGAUAAAGGGGGAGCUGCAGGACCAGUACGACCAGAAUUUCAAACUCCAGGAUGAGCUUUCUAGUCUUAACGCGAAGUACAAGGCGAUCGCCAAAUUGCGUGAUUCCGAGUUGGCGAGGUCGGCAUCGAAAGCCAGAAAGGAGGUUAAGGGACGCGGGAUGGAGUUGAUCCAAGGAGCCAUCCGCUUCAUUCAAACCGAGAAAGCUAGGUCAGACCUGGAAUCGGACAUCAAGGAGCAUGAGAGCAAUCUGAUUUUGUUGGAUCAAAUCCAUGAAACAGAUUUCUCCGAGGUACAAGAGAGGACCGAACUAUCGGCUAAUCUUUCUGAAAAGCGGAGUCGCUUGGCAGCUCUUCCUACUUCGACCUUCAACCCGCAGGACUUCGAGGAAUUCUUCACUGAAUCGCCUCCUAUAAGUGAAUCGGGUCUAGACUGGGCAGGUAACGCUUGGCUCCUGACUCUUACUACCUUUUCCUCACUUUAUGAACAUUCUUUGGUUGAUUCCAAUUCCCACAAGCUUGGAGGCCUUCUCUCCAAUCCUGAGACCAAUGAAAGAUAG